AUGAAAACGAUGACGGGAUCAAACGAGUUCAAACUAAAUCAAACUCCAGAUGAUGGUAUUUCAUCAGUAAAGUUUAGUCCAAAUACAUCUCAGUUUCUGCUUGUUUCAUCCUGGGACACAACUGUCCGGCUCUAUGAUGUUCCUGCCAACACCAUGAGACUCAAAUAUCAACAUUCAGGAGCUGUCCUUGACUGUGCUUUUUAUGAUCCUACCCAUGCCUGGAGUGGAGGGUUAGAUCAGCAAUUGAAAAUGCACGAUCUAAACACGGACCAAGAAAACCUUGUUGGUGCUCAUGAUGCUCCUAUCAGGUGUGUUGAGUAUUGCCCAGAAGUGAAUGUCAUGGUGACUGGAAGUUGGGAUCAAACAGUUAAACUGUGGGAUCCCAGAACUCCGUGUAAUGCAGGAACCUUCUCUCAACCUGAAAAGGUCUACACGCUUUCUGUGUCUGGAGAUAGACUAAUUGUGGGGACAGCAGGUCGGAGAGUGCUGGUGUGGGAUUUACGGAACAUGGGUUAUGUUCAGCAGCGAAGAGAAUCAAGUCUGAAAUACCAGACUCGCUGUAUCAGAGCGUUUCCGAAUAAACAGGGUUAUGUUUUAAGUUCUAUUGAAGGCCGUGUUGCGGUGGAAUACUUGGAUCCAAGUCCAGAAAUCCAGAAGAAGAAAUAUGCAUUCAAAUGUCACCGUUUGAAAGAAAAUAACAUUGAGCAGAUUUAUCCAGUUAAUGCGAUUUCUUUCCAUAAUGUCCACAACACGUUUGCUACAGGAGGUUCCGAUGGAUUUGUAAAUAUUUGGGAUCCGUUUAAUAAAAAGCGGCUGUGUCAGUUCCAUCGGUAUCCCACAAGCAUAGCAUCACUUGCCUUCAGCAAUGAUGGAACUACCCUUGCAAUAGCUUCUUCAUAUAUGUAUGAGAUGGAUGACAUUGAACAUCCUGAAGAUGGUAUCUAUAUUCGCCAAGUGACAGACGCAGAAACAAAACCUAAGUGA